AGCAGUGAGGAGGCGCACGCGUGCAAUGAGGGUGCGCGUGACGGUACAUGUGAAUGACCUGAUUCUGCGACUGGAGGAAAGUAAAUGUGCAACAGUUAUUUUCUUUUAGCUGAUGUAGCAGCUUAGCGCGCAGGAGCGGACAGUCAGAGCGGAAACGGCAGCGCGCGGAGGCCAUACCGGGAAAAGGAGCGCAUAUGACCGCCUCCUUGGUUCUAAAUCCUCGCUGGCCAGCGGACACGGUGAUGUUUGUGUAUGAAAACAAUCUGGACGAUCUGAACAAGAACAUGGAGGGGCUGGUGGGCAGCGGCAACUUUGCCGCCAGCCAGUGCCGCAACCUAAUGGCGCACUCUGCGGCCGCUGCAGCUCUCGGCGGCCACCCGUCCGGUCUGGUGCACUCUUCAGCGGGAUACCCCACGGUCGAGGUGUCCGCUUCAGGAUCCAAUGAGCCAGGCGGGCCUGCGGGGAAGCAGUGCGCGGCAGGACCUUGUCCCGGCGCCGCCGUGCCGCACCAGAGCUCUUCUACCCCCACCGCGUUACCAUACAGCUACUUCGGUAACGGCUACUACCCGUGCAGGAUGGGGCGGGGUUCUGUGAAGUCCUGCACUCAGGCAGCGGGCCCCGCGCUCAGCUCGCAGUACAUGGACACCACGGUGAACGCCGACGAUUACCCGAACCACCGCGCCAAAGAGUUCGCCUUUUAUCACGGAUACCCGAGCCCGUACCAGUCCAUGGCCAGCUACCUGGACGUGUCGGUGGUCCAGACGUUGGGCAGCGAGCCGCGCCAUGACACGCUGCUGCCCAUGGACAGCUACCAGCCCUGGGCUCUCACCAACGGUUGGGGGGGGCAGAUGUACUGCAAGGACCAGGGCCAGGCGGGACACCUCUGGAAGUCUGCUCUGGCUGAUGUGGUGGCGCACCAGCACGAUGGCUCUCCUUUCCGCCGCGGCAGGAAGAAGCGGAUACCGUACACCAAGCUGCAGCUGAAGGAGCUGGAGAAAGAGUACGCCGCCAACAAGUUCAUCACCAAGGACAAGAGGAGGAAGAUCUCCGCCGCCACCAAUCUGUCCGAGAGGCAGAUCACCAUCUGGUUCCAGAACCGGCGGGUGAAGGAGAAGAAGUUCGUGGCCAAAGUGAAGACCCCCACUCCGUAGUGCUUUGGACGAUCAAGUGAACGUGUAUUUGCGUGUUAUGCAUUAAAAAUGAACUGAGAAAAAUGACAAAAAAGGAGGGAAAUUACGAAUUGACGGACUGGGACCGUGCGUAACCGUGUUCGUCAACAAAUGGAAGAUAAAAAUGGACACAAAGGGACAAAAUAAGACCCUCUCCUGUGAGGCCUCCUGUAAAUACAGCACCUUCCUGCCUGCUUUAUGUAACUGUCCUGUCUACUGUCUGUUUUCUGCUUGUCAGUGUUGUCUGUGCUUUGUAGCCCAAAUAUAUUAUGCUGUCCAAAUUGUUUAUAACGCCUGUAAACCCGUAAUCAAAGUAUAGUGCAAUUAAUAAACACUUUUAAUCCCG